AUGACACAGGACGCGACGUCGCCCACAGAGGCGCGGCUUCAGAGGUACAGCCCAAGGCUGAACCGGGAAGCUCUCCCAAGUCAGGAGGCCCAGACUCGACUGUUCCCGAACGCGGCUCUGGCCACACGGACACCCGAGGGGAAGGCGGGUUUUAAGGAGAGUCGUGUGCCAGACACGCAGCCACUGAACCACAAGCAGCUUCGCGUUAACUGGAGAGCCCAGGAGUCGCGUGCCAGGAGCCGAGGACUGAGUGACAGACGGACGCGCAGCGCCACCGGCCCACAAGACCCCGGCGCUCCAGACUCUGAGAUCCCAGGUCCCCUGCGGAGCCGCGGCUGCAGCUCCCGGCCGCGGGGACGAGCGCGCCAGGUGGGUGUCCCCGCCGCAGUCCGGCCUCGGUCGCGUCGUCCCCGUGCCAAAUCCGCGUCCGAGCCCGGCGCGGAGCGCGGCACCGGCUUCCUGGCUUUGCAUCCCGGAGCGGGGCGCUGCGCCCCCGAGCGGAUGUUCGUCAAGUCCGAGACCCUGGAGCUGAAGGAGGAGGAGGACGUGCUAGUGCUGCUGGGCGCGGCCUCCCCGGCCUCGGCCGCCCUGACCCCGCUGUCGUCCAGCGCGGACGAGGAUGAGGACGAGGAGCGGGGCGCUCGGGGAGGGGCGCGCGGGGCCGAGCAGGGGCCCGCCCGCCCAGCCCGCGAGGGCCGGGCGACCCGGAGCCGAGGGACUGCGAGGAAGCGCUUGGGCCUGGACGCCUCCUUUACAUCACUGCUGGCACGCGGGUCGCAGCCCCAAAUCUCAAUCAACAACCCAUUAGAGCGCAACAGGAGUGAGACCAAACCGCUCCGGCGCGCUUGCCCGGCCCCUCGCUUUCAGAUGCUAAGCGCAGCUCGGCGCAGGCUGCCGGGCUCUCGCCGGCGGCGGGGAGGACGCGCUAAUCGCGACGCUGCGCGGAUAAAGCCUUCAGAUUGGGGAUCACUGCCUCCGCACAACAGCUUCAUCAGCCGGAAAGCGCAGGGGUUUGGGGAGGAGGUGCUUUCCCUAGUGGGGGCCCCAGCUCCCCAAUCGUUUCCCCGCACAGGAGCAAAAGCAGUCAGCAGGCUCCCCAGCAAUGGCAAGAAUCCUACAGUGUUUUCCUUCCUUGGGGAAAAGAAGAGGGGCGCGGGAGAAGAGGGUGGCAUCAAGGGUGGCGAGACGCGCCCGCCCGGACUCUGCGUCCCCAGGGCGCAGCGAGAGAAAAGAGUCGAAGGCGAAGCCCGAGCCCGACACGUGCAGCCGGGUCCUCGGUACCGGGCUCGAGCCCCGACACGCGGUGUGGCUUGGGGCGGUGGGGCCUGGGAGACGCUCGCCGCCCCCCACGGGUCCACGGUCGCCGGGAAGAGAGUGGCGCUGGUGCAGUGUCCUCUCCAGCGGUGGCUAGGGACCGGGACGAAGGCAGAGAGUGAGAUUCCAUCAUUUCCUUUGGAUCUUUGGUUCCCGGGACCCGGACAUCCCCGAAAGCGGAACUCACCCUCCCUUGCGGCCACCACCUUCCCUUACCACCCCCAGUACCGAACCCUAAGAUUGGCGGCUUUCGGCACCAGCGGCAAACUGCCCGCGGGCCCGGGUUCCGCUGCUGAGCAAGCACCGCGUGGGGCAAGGGUUGAGCGUGAGUGUGGGAAGAAGGAGGCCGACGAGCAGUCAGAACGAGUUCACCGAAAUCCAGUUGCCCUCGAGCUCCUUUUUCCCAUAGAAAAGCGGCGGAAUCGGGAGGACGGGCUCGGAGGUCGUGGAAAUUGCAAGCGGCGCCCUCCGCGCGCCCGGGCUGCCCCGCGCGGCGCCAAGACGGCCGAGACGGCACAGCGCAUCAAGAGGACGCGCAGGCUGAAGGCCAACAACCGCGAGCGCAACCGCAUGCACAACCUCAAUGCGGCGCUGGACGCGCUGCGCGAGGUGCUGCCCACCUUUCCCGAGGACGCCAAGCUCACCAAGAUCGAGACGCUGCGCUUCGCGCACAACUACAUUUGGGCGCUCACCGAGACGCUGCGCCUGGCCGAGCACUGCGGGGCCGGCCUGCCGGGGGCGCUCUUCCCCGAGGUGGCGGGCGCCGCGCCCCGCAGCGGCGGGGACAGCCCGUCGCCCGCCCCCACGUGGAGCUGCACCGCCAGCCCCGCGCCGUCCUCCGCGCCGUCCUCCAGCUCCACCUCCCCCCACAGCUGCACUUUGUCGCCCGGAAGCCCGGCCGGGUCCGACCUGGACUACUGGCCGCCGCCGCCCGCCGACAAACACCGCUACGCUCCGCACCUGCCCCUGGCCGGGGACUGCCUCGGGCCUUAGCUGGCCCUCGUCCUCCCCACACCGAGCCCUUGUCCCGGCCCUCCCAGGGCGGCCGUCGCGUCCCGGUGAGGGCUCCCCCUGGGGAGUGGCUUUUGGGGUGCUGCCCAGGCCACGCAGCGCUCCUCCCUGUCCCCGCCCGGAAGUCACCGGGAGCCCUGCAACUGGUCCCGCUGUCUCUUCACCUUCGCUCCUGCAUAGAGAUGUUAAUGUCACUGGAAAGCAGUGUGUCCCGGCAGCUGAAAGAGUUCGCCGUAAUAACGUUAUCCACAGACCCGGGCGCCGCCGGCACCUGCUUCUUCCCACUGCGGCCUGCGGGCGGUGGGAACUUCACCUGUCAAACCAAACUUUCCCUCUUUGACGCGCACUUUGUUCCUUUUCCCAGAUUGGUCACA